AUGAAAUUAUUGCUAUUACGAUCAUUCGAGUUCGGCUUAUACUUGUGUACAGUUCUUACAGUGCUCCAAAUUAUCAGAACACCAUCUGAAAACAAUCAUAGAUACGCAAUGACUCUGAGAAGCUUUGACAAACCGAUUCCGGAAACACCUCAACCCCCUUUCCCCAUUGUCACCGACCAAUACUGCACUAUUGUGUGCGGCUUUGGGCGUGGUUCUUCGGAAUUGGGGAUUCCGACUGCAAAUGUCGCCGUAGAAGAUCUCCCACCGAUUGUGAACAAGCUAGAUCUGGGGGUUUAUUUUGGGUUCGCUCAUUUGAGGCCCGUGCUGGACAGAGAUGUUGAAUUGGUAAAACGGAAAGACGGUCAGGAAGUCACUUACAAUUAUGGUAAAUACUUACUGGAGGAGAACGGCGAUUUUGAGGUGCUUCCCGUGGUACUGUCCAUUGGGAAGAACCCAUUCUAUGGCAAUAACUACAAGACGGUUGAAUUACAUAUUUUACACGAGUUUGAGAACAACUUUUAUGGUGCCCAAGUGAAAUUCAAUUUGCUAGGGUACAUUAGGCCGGAACUGAACUAUACAACGGUGGAUGCGUUGAUUCAUGACAUCAACACGGACAUAGGUAUCUCCAAGAGCACGUUAGCGAAGCCUGAGUACAAGAGGUUCGAAAGACAGGUGUCGGAUGACAGUAAUUAA